AUGUUUUUUAUCAUAAUAAUACCAGACUAGUUAUUUUUUGUUUUCAUAAUACUACUAAGUACUAGAGUACUAGUCCGUGUUCUAUACUCCUGUGAUAAUAUUGUCAAUAUGUUUAAUGCUUAAAUUAUGUACAAUAAAGUAUAAACUGUAAUACUAUAUAACGUGAAUUACAAAGUAAUAUGUUAAAGGCUAAACGCAAGGUUUAUAUGUAAGCAUAAUAUACACUGGAAAAAUUAUAUUGAAUGAUUAUUUAAAAAAUUUAGAAUAUCGAUUGAAAUAUUUAUAUUAUACUAUUUGACAUCCGUGAUACUUUUUAACAGUAGUUAUCAUAAUAUUGAUUUUUUUUUAUCAAAUUGGCGCAAUUGUAUUUAACAUAUUCUGCGAUUGUAUUCUCGACAUUCACUAGCAAUCAAUUUUCGUUUGCAAAGUAGGUACUUAUUAUGUUUGAGUAACACUGACUAUAGUAUUUAAAGUAAUAUUAAUAUUAAUUACAAAAUUGUAAUUUCUUAAUAUUUGCCAAUGAUAAUUGAUAAAUAUUAAAUUUAAUAUUGUUUAAUACUUAUCUCGAUUUUUAUGUUAAAAUAUCCAUAUUAGAUAUUACUAUGUUAGUAUAUCUACCAAUAAUAAAUCAACCGUUGGUAUUCGUCUUUUAAUUUUGGUAACAGUAAAUAUUUAUAAUAAUAGUAGCUAGUAACAUAGAUAAAAGGUAAGUAAGUAGUAAUUACUUAUCCAAAAGUCUGACUUGUACUCCAUAACAAUGCCCGAGAAUUACAGUUGUGAUCAUUGUGAAAAAACAUUCACGAAUCGUCGACAUUAUGAUCUGCAUGUUGACGGUCAUUUACGAAACAUUUGUCGUGUUUGUGGAUUAUCUUGCAACAGCCGUAAAAUGUUGGUCACUCAUAUGUCUACAACCCAUGGAUCUAAAUUGGACCCAAUUGUGUUGGAUUGCAAGUACUGUAUGAAAACGUUUGUUCAAAAACGUUCAUUGCACUUGCAUUACAAGACUGUGCACAAAAACACGGGUACUAUAUGUCUCGAUUGUGGACAGCCAUUUGAUAGUAAACAAGAACUUGCUGAUCAUAUAAAAACAAUUAAGCACGGUGACGGUUUCAUAUGUCAUAAGUGUGGGGAAGUUUUUACCCGAAAUCAACAGUAUAAAUUACAUUUACAAAGGCACGAUGCAUACUGUUGUUUCAAUUGCAAUGCACAAUUUGCAAAUUCCAAAAAGUUGAACAAACAUUUGAAAUUGUGUAUUUCAAUACCACCGAUCGACAACUAUUCUAAAAAUAAACAGUCAACCACAGGUGUUGUUUAUGAAUGCAUCGAGUGUAAAAAGUCGUUUGAGAAAAAAAAAUAUUAUAAACGCCAUAUGAAAACGGUAAUUCACUCAACUAAUAAAGCUGAUAAUCCAUUUUAUUGUGCUCAUUGUCCUAGAAUAUUUUAUUAUAAAUUUAAUCUAGCAUCACACAUGAAACAAGUACAUUUUAAACAAUACAAUAAUUAUAUUUGUAAUUUGUGUGGACGGAGUUUUCAAUAUGCAAAUAAUUAUAAAAGGCACAAAGAUUCGCAUAUGCAAGUUAGAAAUUAUGUUUGUGAACACUGUGGUGCUUGUUUUUAUCGUAAACAGGCUUUGCAAGAUCAUCAAAUUGCUAUACACAAUGAAGAAAAGAAUUUUGUUUGCAAUGUAUGUGGUGAUAAUUUUAAAUUAAAAUCCAUUUUAACAAGGCAUAUGAAAAAUCAUUCUGAAACCAAAAAAUAUGUGUGUCAUUGUAAACGUAUAUUUAAAUUUGCAUCAAAUUUACGUCGUCAUCAAAUCAACAUCCACAAUCAAGUAUUUACUGACUCUAUAAAAAUAAAACGCUUUGUGGAAGAUAUUAGCCGUUCAUCUCCAUUGGCAGUCAUGAAUGAAGAAAAAGAAAUACAAAGAUUGAAACAAAAAAAUAUCAACCACCUUAGAUUAGAAGACACUGUAUCAUAUUCAUUAAUGGCGUAUCCUGAUAACUUAGAUUUAAGUAGUGUCGAUAUAGCAGAAAGUGUACUUCAAGUAGCCUCAGCAUCAAAUUAUAAGAUAGAAUGUGAAGAAAAUUCAUGUUUUCCUGGAAUUCAUCCUCCUAUUGAAACAUCUCUAGUAUGCAGCUUAAAUGAUGGUGUAGAUUUGUCUCCUAAUUCUUCACAACAAUACUUAUCUGAUUAUGAUGUUCCUCAUCAGUUUCCAUUUCUGAAUAUUUGAAUUAGUUCCAUGUCUCAAAAUUGCAUUUAUGGAUGUUAAAUAAUCAUAAAACAAUUUUUUUAUAAUUCAUAAAGAUUAUUGUAAAAAUAUUACCAAUAUUAAAGUAUUAAGCUGAGAAUUACUUUCUAGUCUACUGGAAUUGUUAUGUCUAGUGUAAAAAUCAUGUUCAUAUUUCCAAGAAAUAUCUAACAAAUUAGUUUUAUUUGAAGAACAUCAUUAUUUAUUAUAAAAAUGAAAAAGAACAAAGAUUUUAAUUUUUGUUGCAACCACAGGAUCACUAAUAUUAUUUUCUAAUCACUUAAAAUAUGUUCACG